AUGGACCAUCGACCUCGAGUCAUUCAAGAAGCAGCAUCUACCAACGAAGUCCCAACAAUGAGCUCAGCUGCUUCACUUGCACGCUCUGCGUCGUAUCCUGCGCCUACUCAGGAGGCUUCUCAGAAGGCUACCACAACAAAAGGCGCGAACGUACAAGAUGAGAACUACCGACAACGACUCAAGGCGGCUUCGACUGAGCUCCUCAACGACAAUAGAGUGGGAUCAGGUUCAAAGGCUGGGAGAUCCCUCCAGAAUGUACUUAUGGAAACUGAGCAUCGUCUGAGAGAGCAGCGAAGGCAGUCUCUUCACAAAAAGGCUUCCAAGUGA